AUGUGUAACCAGCGAGUGUCGACUGAUCAGAACAUUGUCAGCGCACUCAACAUAGUACAGACUUCUAUGAUGUCGUUCCUGCACGAUGGGUUUCAGCUUUUUCUGGAGUUAUUGACUGUUUUAUGGAGAGUGUUCCUAUCAUGUACACUAGUGUUUUACCGAUGGGUCAUGCCGUUGGACCCGAAAAUAAUUCGCGGAGAAAUCGUUUUGGUGACGGGCGCCGCUGGGCAUUUAGGCAGAGCAAUUGCCCUCGAGUUUGCUAAAAAAGGAUGUGUUCUGGUGCUUUGGGACAUCGACGAAGCUGGUAACGAAGCAACGGCCACCGACAUCAGAGAAUACGGAGGAGUUGUCUUCACGUAUUUAUGUGACUGCAGAAAACGGAUCGAAAUCUACAGAGUCGCUACGCAGGUAAAAAAGGAAGUCGGCGAUGUGAGUAUAAUUGUAAACAAUGCUGGGACUGUGGUAGGAAAGAGCUUUUUGGACACGGAGGACUGUUUAGUAGAAGACACUGUUAAUGUCAAUAUGAUGGCGCAUUUUUGGACUACAAAAGCCUUCAUAACUUCAAUGCUGGACAAGAACCAUGGUCACAUUGUGAACAUAACCAGUUCAGCAGGUUACAUUGCUGUGAACGGUCUCACUGACUAUUGCGCUAGCAAGUUUGGUGCUGCAGGGCUGUGCGAGUGUCUGAUGUAUGAAAUGAGCGCUCUCAAGAAAGAUGGCGUACAUAUGACUAACGUGGUACCCUAUUAUUUUGAGUUUGGUAUGUUCGAAGGUUGUAGAACAAGAUUUACCAAACUCUUUCCUCCACUAUCAAAACAAACCGUUGUCAUGGCAAUUAUGGACGGUGUAUUGAGAAAUGAGUGUAUGGUAUUUAUACCGUGGUAUAUCAAACCAAUGACGGCCAUCAAAAUGUUGUUACCAGUGGAUGCAUUUAUCACAUUAAUGGAUUUCCUGGGAACCACAAGCUUCAUGGAAAACUUUCACAGAAACAAGAAAUUUUAGUCUGCCAUUGUUUCCUUCAGCAGUUCCUCAAAACAAUUUCAGGCUCUAAUUUUUUUCUUUUUCAAAAUAAUU